AUGCGCGAGAGCUUGAGCUGGGGCGGUGUCGAUAAGGCCACGUGGGGCCGCUUGAGCUGCGCCGACCACCACGAGGACCUCGGCGCGACGUCCGCCUGCCGCACCUGCCGCGCAACCUUCAACGUAUUUGUGCGCAAGCAUCACUGCCACCUCUGUGGCCGCCUCAUGUGCUCGUCGUGCUUGGAGAGCGUCGACAUUGACAAGGACGAGAGUCGGCGGUCCAGCGCUUAUGGCUUCCGCGCCACAGCGCUCUCGUCGAUGAGGUCGCAAGUCCCAAUGGCCGGCCCGCGCCUCCGCGCCAAGCUCUGCGUCGACUGCUGCACGUCGUACGUGCACGAGCACAUGUACGGCGAAGUCGCGCGGACCGUCGCUCUCAAAGCGAGCUACACGGUGCAGGAGGCGCCCAUCAUGAAGCAACCACGCACAAGCGAGUCACCGCGGCCGACGGACCGGGAUACGUUCUACUCGACCGUGAGCUUGCCGCGGCCAUCGACCUCGAUGGCGUGUGCAUCCACACCAUCGUGCAGCAGCGAAGAAGACCGGCGUCUUGACGCGCUGCGGUCGCUGAACGUGCUCGACACGGCGCCCGCCCAGCUCUUUGACGUCCUCGCCGCCAUUGCCGGCGCGACGUACGACUGCCCCAUGGCCGGCAUCAGCUUUGUCGACGCUGACCGAGAGUUCUUUAAAGCUGCGAUCGGAUUUCCCGGAUGGGACUUGCCGCGACACCAGUCGCUCGGCGCCCACGCGGUUCGGUGGAAGCAGCCCGUCGCGCUCUGCAACAAGCGCGCGAUCGGCUCGCGCUUCCGCGGGCACCCGUGGCUGAAAGGCCCGCUGCACCUUCAGUUCUACGCCAGCGUUCCGCUGCAAACAUCGUCGGGACACGUCGUUGGGUGCGUCUUUGUCAUGGACACCCGGCCGCGCGCGUCGUUCGAGGCGGCCGGGCUGCGCGAAGUCGCCACUUCGAUCCUGGCCAAGCUCGAGCUGGACGACGAUGACGAUGGCGAUGACUCGGUCGCCGUGAUGCAGUCGGUGCUGAGCGCCAUCUCGUCGGUCCGGUCGGAUGUGCUAUCGUCGAUGCGAUCGGACUUGCGCUCGGUUGUCGCGACGUCGGUGAUUGAACUCUCGGACGACGACCGGUUGCCGCCGCGCGAAAGCAGCUCGAGCGACGCGGCCGCUAGCGACAUGCAACGAAUGCUCGCGUCCCUCCUCGCGUGCCAGGCGCAGACGCAAGCCAUUCUCGACGGACACCGCGCCACGUAUUUGCAACAUGUCGCAUAGUCGACGCCAGCUAUUUAACAAAACGACUCGUCGGCCGUGUAAAAGAAAGCAAAGUUGGGACCCGUUUGCU